AUGUUAAAGACUUCACAAUCCAAUAUCUCGCUCGAUCAAUCAGCGCCCAAUCUCACCUCUACCACAGCCAAGCGGAAACGGGCAGCUAAUGCGUGCAUCAGAUGUCGUACUCGAAAACAGCGCUGUGAUGGUCUCAGCAUCCCCUGUGUAAACUGUGCCAAAUCUCGAGCUGAAUGUAUUUUUCCAGAGGACGCUUCUGGUGAACAUUUGCUCAGAGAGCACAUUGCUGUACUCGAAUCUCGCAUCAGCGACUUAACUGUUGCUCUUCGGGAAGUUACCUCAGUCCAUGCUCCGAUCACUGGGAAUCGACCAUCCCAUCACGAGCCACCUAAGGGACCUAAGGCAACUGCCAGCGACACAGGGCCAGGGGAUGCUAGAAAAAACGGCAUGGUGAAUGAAGAUGACCUCGUAAACGGGAUCGGUUUCUUGAGCCUUACAUCCGGGGCUGAGCCGUUAGUUCUGCGACGUAGUACGGGUAGCUCCUCAGUGAGCGGUAGAAGUCUUAUUCCUUCCCAAUCUCUUCCGGAUCUCCCCGUGCCUACCGAGCGGCAACAUUCGAAAACGCAAUCUUCGUCUUCGUCUGUUUGUUCAGAUUCGUCAUCUUCUUCAGUACUGCCUUUUCGGAUUCCCCUUGACAUUCGACCGAAGUUUCUAUUCCCAUUUCUGCCCACAUCAAAAUCUUUAUCGAAUGAGAUAUUUGUAACCGUGUAUUCAACAAUCCAAUCCCGCUACAGUUUCAUGAACUUUGCAUUAUUAAGAGUUUGGCACGAACAACGAGAUCUAUUCUGCGGAUCUCAGGAAGUUCAAGAAAGUGAUGAACGUACCGCUGCCUUCUUUUUAUGGCUCACAUAUGCCAUUGGGGUUAGACUACUAGAGGGACGCGGCAAAGCGCUGGACGGCUUAGCAUCGCAUGAAGUUCGUAUCAUCCAUCACGCAUGUCGUACCAUCUUUGAGGAGCAUUUACAUCUGCUAACCUUGAAUUUGACGCAGCAUUAUUUUCAGGCAGCGCUUCAAUACUUUGAUCAUGUCCAAUCCAACAUCACCACGAUCCAAGCGCUUCUCUUUCUAGCCAUGUACUCUUUUCGUUCAGAAAAAGGACUUUCAGCCUGGCAUCUUAGCGGCUUGGCGAUCAGAACUGCACUUGAGCUUGGACUACAUCGAAAAACACCAAGAAAUAAAACGAAGCACCCUUGGGAGGAAGAGACAAGAAAAAGAGUCUGGUGGAGCGUAUAUUGUCUGGAAAGGACUAUAGCGCUACAGCUUGGAAGGCCAAUAGCAAUCCAAGACAAAGACAUUGACAUACCGCUCCCCUUAGAUAUUGACUGCUUCGUCACAGAUGCGCAUAAGAUUCGAGAGAGGGAAACCGCCAUUGAAACCGCCCUGAGAGAAUCUAACACCACCCUUGAAGACCAUCCCUAUCCAUUGGGCAUCACUUCCAUGUCAUCGUCCCUGCAUCACAUUCGAUUACGCCAGAUAUUAACCAAGGUCAAGGAAACCGUCUAUAACCAUCAAGGUGACAAGAGAGAGGAUGUUUUCCGAAAAAAGGAAAACUUGGGAAAACUUGUCGAGGAGCUAAACACGUGGAGAAAUAAUAGCCCCAAGUGGCAGCGUGCUGACAGGGAAGGUGAACCGGCUCAUCCUGAAGAUCCAGGUAACCUUAUUUAUGGACUCGCCAAUGAACCGUAUCCAAAGGCGAGAGAAAUGAAAGAUUACACAAGAAACCCCAAAAAGCCUCCAUAUGUGUAUGAUUGGUUUGAUUUGCAGUACUACAAUGCAAUACAGCUGUUGCUUAUUCCGUACGCGCUGACGGCAGCUCCAGGGGAUCCUUAUCUUCAUCAAGCAGUCAUAGCAGCUAUGCAAUCAUGCGAACUCCAGAAUCAAAGGGUCAAAAGGCGAUCAACAAGCCCAUUAUCGAUUUACAUGCUUCAUAAAUUGUUCAUGACAGGUAUUUUUCUAUUGUGGGCACUUGACAAAGACCCAGAAGUCAUUUUGAUGCUUGAAAAAUUCCCAGAAAGCCUUGGAGCAUAUACGAAAGAAUCAAACAGUGAAGCUCCUGAUGACCCUAUCGCUUCCUGUUCAAGGGCUUUGUGGGUCUAUGCUGAGCAUUAUCCUGAAGUCAAGACAUACUCCGAAUGUUUUGAUCAAUUGGUUCUCGACCGAAAAGAAAUAUGGAAAGACAGUCAUCUUCGCAGGUCUUCCUCGAACAAAAAGCAACACCGACGUGGAUCGCCGUAUCCCAACAAGUCCAGCACUACACUCGCAGCUAACAAGACUCCAUCACGCGGGCAAACCUCACCCAUGCGAGAUAAUUCUAAAGCUCAUCAACCAAGUGUUAGAUUUAUCAGUCCUCUUGUGAAUACAAUUCACGGAGCUAUACGCAACAUUGGCGAUCGUAGUCGGGAUGUGAAUAAAUCUGGUCCCAGCCUAACGCGUUUAUUAGAACAGAACCAUGGCUUGGAGGAGAUGAAUUAUAGCCCAUCUGGAAAUCUUGCGUUAGAAAUUGCACAGUCAGACCCACGCAUAGAGUGCCAUUUCAAUUAUGAAGAGUUAGAUAUGGUUGAAUGUGUGAUGCCAGCCAGGAAUUCAGUGAUUGUGAAAAAAGAUGAUAAUCCUCCAGAUGAAGAUUAUUUGCUAGAAAGUAGUCAAUCUUCUCAAACAGUCUCAAGGGGUGAAUUUAGGACGGAUACCCCAUCCGGAGAAACAAGGGAGAUGUAUCCUGAUUUUCAUUACAAUCUCUCAGAGAGGGAUAGACAAAUAUUUCCAGCUCAUGAUCACAGGAGGAAUGAAGGUAGUACAGAAAUAAAUCCAAAUGAUUAUUUCACCUCCCAAACUCCUGAAGAUUCACAUGAAGGAUGUUUUACACAGUGUCAUCCUCUCUCCAAUUAUCAGGGGUAUCCAUCAGAGCCUUAUUUGGAAUUGGAUCAGUUAGACUCUGCCUUCCAGAACCCAUCCAGUACAACCCUUGAUGAAGCUGAGUUUUCUGCCCUUGGGUAUCCUUCAACACCAUCUUCUCAAAUGAACUACACAUCAUCAUUACUUUGGGGGCAUCACCAAAGAUAUAUCAAUGAGUCCCAUUCUGGAUCACAAGAGGUGAAGGAAAGCUUCAAUCAAAUGGUCCCACAUUUCAGUUCUAGUCAUACCAAUUCAACUAAUUUGGGAGAUGAAUAUCAAUCUACAAGUAACAGAACAGAUUCAUCAUGCUCCACUAGACCAGUAUCCAAUGCCCAUGAAGCAUCCACAGACCUAUACCCACUAUCACAAGAUCCAAGAGAUACUUAUUGUAUGGAAAGAGUAGAUAGGUCUGUAAAUAACAAUGUCAAGGAAGAAUCAGGACAACAGGUAUACACCCAAACUGAGCCUGUUUCAAAGAAUCAAAGUACAUCAGGGAAUGCCUUAUUGAUGUCCUUCAAUACAUUGUUUGCUGCAUCUCAAUCUUCACAGCAUCCUUUCUUAGGUGGUAUGGGAGAUGUAUCAUUUUGGAAUGCUUUACAAGAUGCUGCUGCUACAGAGCAAGAGGGCGGGACAGAAGGAGAGCACAAGAAUGGCGGUUAUGAUGUAUCUGAACAGUUUUGA